AUGAAUUUCAAUAUUUUCAAAACAAAGCAAAAGACGCCACAUGACCUUGUGAAGCACGUUAAAGAUGCCAUUUACAAGUUGGACGGACCCGACAAACGAAAGGCAGCCGAAGAAGUAUCCAAGUAUUUGGUAUUAAUGAAGAAUAUACUUUAUGGAGAAGAUGACCAUGAUCCUAGUCCUGACCUUGUUGCUCAGUUAGCUCAAGAGGUUUAUAGAACAGAUUUACUACAGCUACUUGUAUUGAAUAUUCAGAAAUUUGAAUUUGAGGCAAAAAAGGAUGUUGCACAGAUAUUCAAUAACCUGUUGAGAAGACAAAUUGGUUCUCGAUGGCCAACAGUGGAACACAUUUGUGCAAGAGAAGAAAUUCUCUUUAAUUUGCUAAGAGGAUAUGAACAGCCUGAGGUUGCUCUUAAUUGUGGUCUGAUCCUGCGUGAAUGUAUUCGUCAUGAAGCAUUAGCCAAGAUUAUCCUUUAUUCAAGCAAGUUUUAUCAAUUCUUUGAAUAUGUUGAAAUGAGCACCUUCGAUAUUGCUUCAGACGCAUUUGCCUCAUUCAAAGAAAUUUUGACACGACAUAAGGCAAUGGUUGCAGACUUUUUAGAAAUGAAUUAUGACGAUUUCUUUGACCAUUAUAGAAAGUUAUUACAGUCUGAAAACUAUGUUACCAAGAGACAGUCUUUAAAGCUAUUGGGAGAAAUAUUGCUGGAUAGAACCAACUUCACUGUCAUGACUCGCUAUAUCAGUAAUGCAGAUAACUUGAAGUUGAUGAUGAAUCUAUUACGAGACCGUAGCAGGAACAUACAAUUUGAAGCGUUCCAUGUGUUCAAAGUGUUUGUCGCAAAUCCUCACAAGACUAAACCCAUUGUGGAUAUCUUGGUAAAGAACCAAGAAAAGUUAAUUCAUUUCCUUGGAAACUUCCACAAUGAUAGACAAGACGAUGAACAGUUUAACGAUGAAAAGGCAUUCCUUAUCAAGCAAAUCCAAGAAUUACAACCAAUUCAGGAAUAA